CAACCCCACCAACCCUCAACGAAGAACAACCUGAUUAGACAAAACCCACCCCCUUACCGUCGUCCUACCUCGAUCCUCUCAACCCAACAACUCUCCCCUCUCGCAGUAAGCCAACAACCGUCAUAAAUAGGAGUACAAGAGCAGAAACCAAGACAAUCGCAGAUCUCGCAAACAAGACAAACCUGUAAUCCCCACGCACGAAGGCGAAUCUCACAAAGGAGCAAGCACUCUCACACCACGGAGAGAAAGAAUUGAUUAGCACCAUAUUCUUGUCUACUUUUCUUUUGAGUUUGGUCAAUCAAUUUCCAGUGGCACUUGUUUUGUCAGUAAAAAUGUAUUUUUUUUGUUAAAAUAAAGGUAUAAAAAAAAAAAGGAUCACUGCCGUCAAUUGACAUUUAGCGAGAUUCCUUCCUUCCGGUUGGUUUCUGUCUCUUGUCAGCGUCACUAACAAGUCUGCUCCUCCUCCGUCCGCAUCGUCCCAUCGAUUCCGGCCGUAUUAACACCUCCAUAACUCCAUAAGCAACAAGCAAAAGCAGCUACCUUGGAGCCACAGACACACAGAGGAUUGAAUUUGAUUCGAGGAGAAGAAAACAAGGCCAAAAGAAAUACAUGGGAAAGGAAAAGACUACAGAUUUGGAGUUUGAAGCAAGGAAAGAGAAGAAAAAGUUGAAGGAGAAAAGGAAGACAGAUGAACCAGGUAGAAAUUCCACUUUGAUUGAAGGCUCCGAGGACAAAAUAAGUGAGGCAGUUCAGGUGGAGAAAUUUGACAAGAAUGGUGAAAGUGGAGAAGGGGUCAAAAAGAAAAAGAAAAAGAAGUGGGAAAUGGAGGGGGUCGACGGUGGAUUGAAGUCGAAGCAGAAUGAUGUACAGCAGCUCGGAAAUGAUAAAGAGAAAUCCAAUGAAUUUGACAAGAAUGUAGGAACUGAUAAGGAAAGUGGGGAAGGCAAUGGUGGAACUGAUAGAGAAAGUGGAGAAGGGGCCAAAAAGAAAAAGAAAAGGAAGAAGGAAACAGAAGGGGUCAAUAGUGAAUUGAAGUCGAACCAGAGUGACGAACAGCUGCUCGGAAAUGAUGGAGAGAAAUCCAAUGGGAAAAUCAUGGAAGAAGCUGACAUUGCAGAUAACAAAAAGAAGAGAAAGAAACUAUCUGAGGAUGACGAAAUGAGUGAUGCUGAAAUGAACAAAAAAGAAGUGAAUAAAAAGAAAAAGAAAAAGAAGAAAGAGAAGACAGAACAGGUGGGUGGUGAAUCGGUACAGAACAUUGUAACUGAUGGAAAGGAGGCUGGAGUAGAAGGUAAGCAUUCAGAAGGGCAAGUCAUGGAGAAGGGUGGAAUCAUGAGAAAAGAGAAAACAAAGAACAGUAAGAAUUCAAGAAGUGAAAUGCAGGAAACUGGAGGUGAGAAAUUGGGAAGCGUAAGUGGAACUCAAGAAAAUAAUUCCUUAGAGAACGAUAGUAAUGUUCAUGGAACUGGAGACGAGAUAUGCAACAGAAAUACAGAGGAUAAAAAUUCUGCACAUAAAGAAACAUCAAAAAGAGUACAUUUUGCUGAUGAUAUUGAGGUCUUUUCACUGUCUGAUGGCUCAAAAGAUGCAGAAGUGGGCAAGGUACGAGGUAAGCGGUUUUCAGCAGAAGAAGACGAGCUUGUGAAAAAGGCUGUUUUAACAUACAUAGAGGAACAUCAGCUGGGUGACGAAGGCAUUGACAUGGUACUCAAUUGUAAGAAUUACCCUGAAAUCAGAAAUUGUUGGAAGGAUAUUGGGGAAACCUUACCCUGGAGGGAUAAGAAAAGCAUAUAUUAUCGAGCCCAUAUGUUAUUAGAACGAGCUUCAGAACGUACUUGGACCAAGGAAGAGUAUGAAAAAGUCAGACGUGCCGCUAUCGAAGCCAAGGAGAAAGGUGAAGCCAAACCCAACUGGAGAAAGGUGGGUAAUGAACUUGGCAAACAUAGAAUUCAUGUCAAGGAUGCAUGGCGUAGAAUAAAACUGCAAAACAUGAAGACAGGAGUGUGGUCCCAAGAGGAGUACCAGACUUUGUUUGAUUUAGUGAACAAGGAUCUGCGGAUGCGGGCGAUGGAAGAAAAAAAAUAUUCCAAGCAUGGGAUGCUGCGAGAUAAUAUUAAGUGGGAGGCAAUCAGUGAGACUUUGGGCACCAGAACCAAUCCUGUUUGUUGCCAGAAGUGGUAUAACCAAUUGGCUUCACCUUUGGUAGCUGAUGGUCAGUGGGCUGAUGUUGAUGACUACCGCCUAGUUUAUGCACUUGACAGCUUGGAUGCUUGUUGCAUGGAAGAAGUUGAUUGGGAUGAUCUGCUUGAGCAUAGGUCUGGAGAUGUAUGUAAAAAGCGAUGGAAUCAAAUGGUCAGACACAUUGGUCAGUAUGCGAUGAAGUCAUUUGCAGAACAAGUUGAAAUUUUGUCGAAACGUUAUUGUCCUGAUGCGCUUGAAGCAAAGGAAGCCUGUGACAGUAAGCCAGUAGUCGAGUAAGAUUUAUCUGGCAUCAAAUUAGCUGAUAUAUGUUUGAUAGUGUUGAACAUUUAGUUUGAGUAUUUGGUAUCAAAACUGGCUAUAUUAUGUUUUGCUUUUUUCGUUUUUAAGCUUUUGUAUCAAACUGGUUAUGUUGAAGAACUCUCCUUGCCGUUUGUUUGACA